AUGAGGGUUGGCGCCGCCCUCGGCCUGAGUGUCGAGCCAGAGCGCCACUUCCGCAUCACCCGCAUCUUCCCUGAGGGCCUGCUGGACCCCUGGCGCUUCUCCGCCCCCGGCCCCGCCGCCCGCCGAGCGCCCGGCGACGCGGCCGCCGCCGUCGCCGCCGCCAAAACGCUCGGCGAGGCGCCGGCCGGCGCCGUGCCCGGCUUUGGGGACCUGCUCGAUGCGCUGGCGGAAAGCUACUCGCCCGAUGACUCAGCGUACACCCCCUACACGGCGCUCGUCCUGGACGCCCUAGCGGCCGGCGUGGACCCCUUCUCACUGGCGCGCCAGGCGGACGAGUUUUUGGAUCUGGGGGCCAGCCGCCGCGCGUCGAGCAGCAGCGACCGCGCGGAGCGCCAGCCGUUCGGCGCGCGCGACCACGGGGCGGCGGUGCGGUGCGCGGCGCUGGGGCUGGCGCUCAAGGGGGCGGACGAUAGGGAGCUGGUCGCGGCAGUGGACACGUGGGCGCUCUUCACCCACCCAGAGGACGACGGCCGCGACGGCGCGCUCGCGGUGGCGGCCGCGGUCGCGUGGCUGGCGGCGGCGGAGGGGCCGGAGGCGGCAACUCCCGAGCAGCUGCUGGAGCGGCUGGCGGAGGUGGUGGCCUCUGAUUCAAUGCGCUCAAAGCUGCAGCUGCUCCAGCGCGGCCUGGCAGCUGCAGGGCAGCUACCCGUUGUCGCCUCACCCCCGCCGCUGCGGCGCAGCAGCAGCAGCAGUAGCACCACCAGCACCAGCAGCAGCAGCAGCGGAGGUGGCGGCAGCGCCCUGGGCGGCAGCGGGGCCGCUGAUGAGGGUGUCAGGGUGGUGGGGAGUUGGCGGGAGUUUUGGCUCUCAGAGGAGUGGGGGCGUAUGGUGCAGAUCCACAGUUCGUUGACCGACCGGGGCUUUGCGACUCUGGGGACCCAGGCGGUGGCGGUGGCGCUGUGGGCACUGGUGACCAACUGGCGGCGGCCGGAGCAGGCCGUCAUCAUCGCCGCGUCGCUUGGGGGCAGCAGCAGCACGACCGCUUACCUGACAGGCGCGCUCGCCGGCGCGCUGCACGGCAGCGGCUGGAUCCCCGAGCGCUGGUGGGAGGCGCUCGGGGACAGCGAGGCGGGGCGCGCCAUCAGGGACGGCGCGCUGGAGGCCGGCCUCAAGCUCGAGGGGCUCAGCAGCGGCGGCGGCGGCGAGGACGGCGCCGGCGCGGAUGAGGCGGGAGGGGAGGCGGCGGAGGGGGAGCAGCAGUGA